GUGUCCCCUACAGAUAAUGACCAGGCCAAGACGGGGCUGGUCAGGCCACCACCUGUGCUUGGCAAGCCCGGGGCCCUCCUCCCUCCUCGCGGGUUGGGCGGAGCUGCCGCCCAGGCCCGCCCCUGCUGGCCCUGCAUCCACUGCACUGGGAGCAGAGCCGGCCGCGCCGCCCAGUAAGGAGCUGCAGCGAUGGCGAUGGCGAUAGCGGCAGGCAACGCGGCCUACUUCCAGAGGGGCAGUGUGUUCUGGUUGGCGGUCAUCAUGCUCUCCUUUGGCUACUACACGUGGGUUGUCCUCUGGCCACACAGCAUCCCUUAUGAGAGCCUUGGGCUCCUGGGCUCGUUCACUCAGUACCUGGUGGACCAUCAUCACACCCUCCUGCACAACGGGUAUUGGUUUGCCUGGAUGAUUCACGUGGCAGAGUCCUUGUAUGCCAUGGUGCUGUGCAAGUAUAAAGGAAUCACAAAUGGUCGGGCUCAGCUCUGGUUCCUACAGACUUUCUUCUUUGGGAUAGCAUCUCUUUCCAUCUUGAUUGCUUACAGACCAAAGCGCCAAAAACAAAAUUAAAAGCAAAUAUACAGAAGUUUCCUCUACUUAAUUCAGACACCUUUCCAGGGUGACGGGGACUGCCAUUUUCACUCAAUGAUAUUUCUAUUUUGUAAAAAGUCCCUCAAAGCUAUCUAGGACCCUGCAGUUACUCAUUUUUCGUAUAAUAUGCUGUGGUUGAGCUUGAAUAGACCAGUUAGUUAACAAGGAAAUAGGAAAAGUAAAUACAAGUUUACAAGUAAAUUAAGGAACUAGGAAAAGAUUUUAGCCUUCAGCUCUGCAUACUCAGCACAGAAGAGGGCUUCCCCCCCACCUUCUUAAGGGCCUCUGGCAUUGUGGGCUCUGCUGUCAUCUGGGCUGAGACACACGCUUGCUAGAUUUGCUUGUUGGUUUUUCUUUGCUCCUUUCCUUCUUGUUAAAACAUCUUGGCCGCACUACCACCAUGUUAGCUCUCCUUCCCUUAAAUUCUCUCCAUCUUUCUGGACCAAGAUGUAGGGACACUUCUACAAUACAUCAGUUCCUUAUACAUUUGUUAGGCACCUCUAAGGUAGAAUCUUACCCUUUCAAACUUCUGUUUCUCAAAUUACAGAGAAAAAUAAGGAAGUUGGAACGGGCAGACUGAGUGAUCACAUAGAGGCACGCUGAGAAUCAGGGCUGGUGGCCUUCCCUGCUGCUGACCGAAGUGUCCUUUCCCUACACUGGACCCCGGGACACGGUGCCCUGUGGCUCGCAGGGGUUGAUUGCUGCUCCAGCUCAGGGUGCAGCUUAGCUCUACUUCCCCCACCUUACCUGUCCCCCUGCCGUGCACGGAGUUGUUUGACCAGUGUUGAUUGCUGACUUCACUUUCUACUCGUUCAUUAUCAUUCCAAUUUUUAUGUGAAAACUACAGGACUCAUUGCAUACACUGUCCUCUCAAAAGACAGCCGCAAGACCUUUGGCUGACUGUGUCACCUUGGUGAGACUCCCGGUGGGAAACCUGUCUCUUUUUCAUGCUUUCAUGUUCUCCAUCACUGUCUCCAGACUCCAAGUGUCUUCCUCCAGCUCUGAAGAGUCUAGCUCACGGUUUAUCCAUCAAGUUAGUGUCUUCCAUUCUGGUGGAUAUAUCUUACUACUGUUGACUGGUGGGAUGACUCUGUCACCAUUAGGAGCCAUUAGGCCUCCUUCCCUAGAGGAUGGCUUACUUGUUCUCUUUGGACUAGUCUUCAUACCCCUUCCAUAAUAUGGGGAGGGGGCAAGUUAUUUGUAUUAAGCAGACAUUUAUGAGAAACAACUACCUCCCCCAAAAGAGAGCUUCCAAUUGAAACCACAAUAUAAAAGAUUAUGGACUGGGGCCACCGACCCUGUUGCAUAGCACGUUAAACCUGCACAUCACACAUGGGCACUGGUUCCAGACCAACU